AUGGUUCGUCUCUUUGAUUUCAAGUCAGACAAGCACUUCGUUGCUUCCUCUGACAAAACUACCCUCGAAGUCUACGAUGAUGAAGGAACGAAUGAGUCAUUAUCCUACGACGGCCUGAUGUUCUUCGACGGUCAGGCAGAGAUCGAAGGAAGGGAGGCCCUGACCAAGCUGGCCCAGCACCUCGCUCGGCUGCGACUGAUGGUGAGCCCACAAGGGCACUGUUUCCAGGAUGUCACCGAAUUGUGGGAACACAAAGACUUUGGAAUUCACUAUCUCCAACUGAACGAUCUUUUCAACUGGCCCUUUCAUGGGGUCAGCAUAGCGGGCCUCACCACGUGGCCAUGCUGCUUAUUGAAAUACACCAUGCCGAGUCGGGCGAAGCAGCUUGCCACGACGGUGACCACAAGAGGGGUGAGCAAGGAGAAGUACGAGGAGAUGAAGAGAACGGUGAAAAAGAAGGAGGAGGACCUGGAGAAGCUGAGGGAAGAGAUGGAGGAACAAGACGAUGAGCUUCAGAAGCUGAAGGAGGAGAUGGAGGGGGCGAGUGAAAAGCACGAGGCGGAGCUAUGA